AUGGGGAAGAAAAAUAAUGAAGUCCCUCCAACAAUUCUGUUUUUCCUCUCCCCUUCAGAAACUACCUAGGGGGAAGUGGUGGCAGGAAAUCAUUCCACAGUGACUGAGUUCAUCCUCGCUGGGCUAACAGAGCAGCCACAACUCCAGCUGCCCCUUUUCUUCCUCUUCCUGGGCAUCUAUGUGGUCACGGUGCUGGGGAACCUGGGCAUGAUCACACUGAUUGGGCUCAGCUCUCACCUGCACACCCCCAUGUACUAUUUCCUCAGCAGCUUGUCCUUUAUUGACCUCUGUCAUUCCACUGUCGUUACCCCCAAAAUGCUGGUGAACUUUGUGACAGAGAAGAACAUCAUCUCCUACCCUGAAUGCAUGACUCAGCUCUACUUCUUCCUCUUUUUUGCCAUCUCAGAGUGUCACAUGUUGGCUGCAAUGGCAUAUGAUCGCUAUGUUGCCAUCUGUAGCCCCUUGCUUUACAAUGUCAUCAUGUCCCAUCAGGCCUGUUUCUCCCUGAUUUGGGGAGUGUAUAUGAUAGGUCUGGUGUGUGCAUUCUCUCACACAGGCUGCAUGUUUAGGGUGCAUUUCUGCAAAUUAGAUGUGAUCAACCAUUAUUUCUGUGACCUUCUUUCCCUCUUAAAACUCUCCUGCUCUAGUACAUAUGUCAGUGAAUUACUGAUUCUAAUCUUUAGUGCAAUUAAUAUCCUAGCCCCCAGCUUGACCAUCUUCAGCUCCUACACCUUCAUCAUUUACAGCAUCCUCUGCAUUCACUCCACUGAGGGCAGGUCCAAAGCCUUCAGCACAUGCAGCUCCCACAUGUUGGCAGUUGUGGUCUUUUACGGACCUGCUGCAUUCAUGUACCUGCAGCCACCAUCAGUCAGUUCCAUGGACCAAGGGAAAGUGUCCUCUGUGUUUUAUACUAUCGUUGUGCCCAUGCUCAAUCCCCUGAUCUACAGCCUACGGAAUAAAGAUGUCAGUGUUGCCUUGAAGAAAAUGCUAGAGAGAAGAAAU